AUGGCCAUCUUGUGUUGUUUAUGCGUUCCAUUCGUUCCAUUCAACCGUCGAUCCUAUGACGCAUUGAUGAUUGUCGGGUAUCCUGAUCAUCGACUGGGGUAUCCGGCACUGCGCAGCACACCGUACCCGGCUAAGGCCCCCACCCGAAGGACUUUGAUAGCAUUUUUUCAGAAAACCUUUUGGUCCCAAUCAGCCCGUAUUUCUCCGCUGGAUUCGGUCUCAUGGUCUGCCUUCACUCUCCUACAAUCGAUAUUCUUCCGAAGUGUUCACACAUGCCAAGGCUCUUUUUUACAGGGUCUCGGUGUCGGCCUCACAGCUCUUAAGCGCACCUCUACCCUCCUAGCGACCUUGGCACAACGUAGAUUACUCGUGACUCUGGAAAUUUCCUCAAAAGAUCGAUCCUAUCUAUGGUUCCUCAACUGGAUGUCUCAACAAGCCCGCUCUAAAUCAACCACUAAUCAGCUCGCAGCAGAGACAAGCUACCGACAAACGCCGGAUGGGUCUCACCAGGUUACCUUUUCACUGGUGCCCGGGCCUGGGAACCAUUACUUCAAGUUCCAGCGAGCCUGGUUCCAGGUCAAACGGGAACGCGAUGGAAAACUAAUCGAUCUAAAUUCCGGUACACCUUGGGAAACACUCAUGCUCACUACACUCGCACGAGAUCGACAUCUACUCGUCCAACUUUUAUCGGAAGCUAAAACAGUUUCAAUGAAAACUGAAGAGGGCAGGAUUGUCAUUUAUACUGCUUGGGGCGCUGAAUGGAAACCUUUUGGGCAACCCAGAACCAAGAGACCGAUCACCAGUGUUGUGCUUGAUCAGGGUGUGAAAGAAAACCUCGUACGUGAUAUUGAGGAUUUCAUGGGUAGAGCCAAAUGGUAUGCUGAGCGAGGCAUCCCAUAUCGGCGUGGAUACCUACUUCACGGCCCACCCGGCUCGGGAAAAUCCUCAUUCAUUUUCGCACUUGCGGGACAUCUCAACUAUCAUAUUUGUGUCCUUAACCUGUCGGAACGUGGCUUGAGUGAUGAUAAACUCAAUCAUCUAUUGACCAACGUCCCUGAGCGUAGUGUGGUAUUGUUGGAGGACGUGGAUGCAGCAUUUCUCGGUCGUAACGGCACCGAACAGAUGAAGAUCAACGUGACCUUCUCAGGUUUAUUGAAUGCGAUCGAUGGAGUCACUUCUUCAACCUCGCAACGGCUUAUCUUCAUGACCACCAAUCACGUCGGCAAACUGGAUCCAGCCCUCAUCCGUCCAGGUCGGAUAGAUCUCUCUGUCUUAGUCGGUAACGCCACACUUCCUCAAGCCAUGGAACUCUUUGUGAAGUUCUAUGAGGAUACUAGUGGUGGAAUCCGAGAGGAAAUGGAAAGCAGGCUGAUGAGUGUCUUUAAGAAUGGUGGUUCGUUUAGUAUGGCUAGCUUACAAGGCUUAUUCAUUCGAUAUCGGGAACCAAGAGAUGCGAUUCGAGAACUGGAACAAAUUGUGACUUAUCCUCACACACUUGAAUGA